UCGAUAUAGGUGCACAAAUGAUAAGUCUGAAAAACAAAUAUUUGUAUAAAACCGUUGAUAUUUGAAGACUUUGGUACAUGGUUAUUGCUGAUACAGACUACUUGAUAUCGUAUAACUAUGACUCAUUGGUGAUAUCAUGGCUAGCUCUAAUGACCCAAUUAGAAAAGCAUUAUUUGCAUCACCAACAAGUGAGGAACCUGAGUCAUCAUCAGAAGCUAUUGACUCUAUUAUGAACAGAAUUCAAGUUGAACACGACGUAGAAAGAAGCUUCAAAGACUUGCAAAAAGAUCUCCAUGAACAGCGAUUGAAAGGACUGAAAGAAAACAUCAAAAAAAUAUCUGAAGAUAAUUGGAGAUAUACGCCUAUUGACAAACUGUUAGGACAAAAUUAGGAGUGCCACUAGUACUGUAGUAUAUAAGACAAUUUGGAUUAUUAACAAUAUCAUCAACAUAACAAUAGGCGGAUCCUUUUCAAAUAUUUCAAGAAUGGCGUCUUUAUAUGUAAAAGAUGAUGCCCCGGCAUUCUCUGAUUUGGACCAGAAGAAAACCGAAAUGACUGAUAAACUCAAAUUAAGGGAAGAUGAACGUCUAGCUCAAAUAGAUCAACGGAGAGAAGAAAAAGAGAGCACUGAAGCAAAGGAUGAGAACACAAAAUAUUUUACAGAAAAUUUUCGAAGCCUCAAAAAUGAAAUUGAGGCUAAACUUGUUGAAUGUGAAAAAAUUCCCAAAACCAAGCUUGGAGAAUAUUUUGAAAAUGUUUCAUUGAAUAUAAGUAAAUUGCAAAAGUUUUUAGCAGAUUCUACUUUGUAUUUACCAAAAUAUGAAAUAAGACAGGCACAAGAGACAAUCAGCAAACUUCAGAAUGAAUUAUCUGAAAUGAAAGAAAAGAUGGUCCCUAAGAAAAAGUUUGCUUUUAAGUCUAAGAAAAAAACUGCUGCAAAAGCACCAGAAAAACCAAUUGAAGUUGCACCCGCUCCUACCGUAACUAAAGUGAUUGAGUUGAAUGAAUGUAAUUUUGCAGAUAAAAACAAUGAAGAACUCACAAAAUCUAGUGACGAGCUAAACAACAAAGAUGUCUCCCUAGCAAGAUUGAAUCAUUGUACUGUUAAAUUGUUUGGUGCCCCGAGCGCCAUCCAUAUUAAUAAGCUUCAGGACUGUACGAUCCUGUGUGGUCCUGUUUCGGGGUCUGUUUUCAUUGAUAAUUGUGUCGAUUGCAAGUUUGUUCUCGCAUGCCAACAGUUGCGUAUCCAUCACACAACUAAAACACAUUUCUACAUUCACGUCACAAGCCGGGCAAUCAUUGAAGACUGUAAUACUGUCGAAUUUGCUCCAUAUAAUUUGGAAUAUCCCAACUUAGAUUCACAUUACGAAGUAUCUGGAUUGAAUAAAGCUAGAAAUAGCUGGGAUGAUGUUGAUGAUUUUAACUGGCUGGCUAGUGAUGCCAAAUCGCCAAACUGGAACAUACUGGAUGUAAACAAGAGAGUAACUACAUGGAAGUAGGACUUCUCAUUUAUAUAUCUUGUGUCAAAACUUGAAGACUUGUCUUGUAUGGACAUCAAUAUAACCUUAUAACUGUAGCUUGAAUUUUAAAGAAAACAACUAUUCUGCUGUAUGAUUGAAUUGAACUUCUAAUGUGUGUAAAUUUUACGUAUUGCCAGUUAAGUCUUCUGAAUGUGUUUUCUAUCGUGUCAUAUCUGUUACAAUGUGUUUGCUUUUCCUGAUUUCCAUGCUUAACUAUGUAUUUGUUUUGUGACAAAUCAAACUCAAGAAUUUUAAUUUAAUAAAAAAUCAUGUGUUUUAUCAAAACUAAAAA